AUGGCUGUGAAUGGUACCGACUCAGAAACUCAUAACAACAUUUCGUUUCAUUCAAGAAACCCCCAAUCACCAUUUCUAAUAGCACUCCCAUUCUUCAAACUCCCAAUUUCACCACCACCUGAAAUCCGCACAUCCAUUUCCAAAGCAGUUGAUCAUUGUUCCAAACUUCUCCUCUCCCUCGCCUCUCAAAACCCUAUCUUAAACAAAUUACUCUCACUUUCCUCUCACUUCCACGAUACAUGCUUCCAGAUUCGGCUCAGUAACUAUAGGAACAGGAGGCUUGUUCUUACCUGGUUUCCCAAUGCUCCUCCUGCUAUUGUUGCUCCUCUCAGCUCCGUAUGUGACCCGUAUCUGAACGUAUUCCGGGGACUUAUUCCUCCUAUUGGAGGAUUGGAUCUCUCUCCCAUCCUAGCAUUCCUUGUCCUGAAUGCCUUCACUAGCACUGCUGCAGCACUCCCUGCUGAGCUUCCAAUCACAGAACAAUCUAAACAAGGUCUUGAAACAAGAUUACAGCCUACUGAUGUUACUUCUUCACAGAACAAAUGGAUGAGACGGCUUCAAGGGAUCGGGUCAAAGACCUCUGCUUCUGCAAACUAG